AUGAACGUCUCAGCGAUAGUCAAUGUCCUUAGACUGUCCGCGAAUCCAUCUUUGUGCCUUCCGCAUCACACGAUUGCCACAUUCGACCAGCUGCCGGUACCCCUCUCGAAAGCCUUCAAGAAGGAUGGCGAGAAAGGUCCAGACAUCAGGGCAGUAGUCUUGGAUAAGGACAACUGCUUUGCAGUGCCAAAACAGAACACUGUCUUCCCAGCAUACCAGAGCAAAUUCGAUGAACUUCGUGCAGCAUACCCCGGCUCCAAAAUUUUAAUUGUCUCCAACUCCUCUGGCACAUCCUCAGAUCCAGGCUACAAAGAAGCCGACCUGCUGGAGCAAAACACUGGCGUUAAAGUCCUGCGACACAGUACGAAGAAGCCAGGAUGUCACUCUGAGAUCAUGGAGUACUUUCGAAGCAAGCCAGAGACUGGCGUCAAGAAGGAGAACCAAGUGGCAAUCGUGGGAGACAGGUUGUUCACGGAUGUCUUGAUGGCCAAUAUGAUGGGGUCACAUAGUGUCUGGAUCGAAACCGGGACUGUGCCGAAUCAUGGACUUCUUUCACGAGUCGAGAAGGGCAUCGCCGGCUUUCUGCUGAAGCGUGGAUAUACUGCUCCCGAGGUGAAGAGUGAUUUCGAGUGA